AUGCUUCACCCUGAUCAUCAGGAGACAGAAGAAGAGGCUCCCUCUGAGCGAGACGAGAGUAUCCUGACCGCGAGCUUCGAUGUCGACCUGCCGUCGAUGUUCGAAACUUCGCAAGUGGCCGCACGAUCUGUUCAGAACGACCAGCUCGUGCCUAUGGACGAGUCGAAUGCUGAGCCAAGCCUGUCGGAGAUGGGGCCGAGGGCAGAGCUGGUUAACCUGAUCACCCUGAUCUUGAGCGGAGACUUGGAGAAAGAGAACUUGUUGGCAAAGGAUGAAGAUUCUUUCUCCAAGUCUGACUCGAAAUGGAUGCAGAACAUUUCGAGAUCUAUUGUGUUGGUGGAACUUGCUCUUAGACAGAGAGACCCUCUUUCAGAGUUUGAAGCUCUCGUCGAGUCGAACGGAGUGCAUUGGAAGGAUGUGGAGAAGAAGAUUACAAAACUAGUGCCUGAGGCCAAGAAGGAAAUUCCUGAUCUGCCCUCGGAUGUGAACAUGCAAGCUGUUGCUACGAGGAGUACUCAAGAGGAGGAAACUAUCCCGGCACUUCGUGCGGCAGCGUCACUUCGUUCAAAGUUCUUGCAAGGCGAAGCGGCGGGAAGCAUCUUCAGCCCUGGCCUGCGGAAAGAGUUUGUCGAGCAUGGUGAGAAUUCUGUUAUGUCUGCCUGUCUUUACAAGCGCAACAACAAGGAAAUCGUCGAGGAUGAGGGAGAGGUAGAAAAGAUGCAGGAAGCAGCGGACAAGGCUGUAGAGUCCGCCCUGUCGACGAAAGUUCACGAUCGUGUGGAGGAGACGAACAGCCUUGCCGAUCAGAGGACGUCGGAUGUGUCGAUGAACACAGAGGUCAGUGUCGAGAGGCUGAUGGAAACAGAAGACGCGCUGUCUGAGAUCUUUCCUGCUCCUCCUGCCUCCUCCGCUGCCUCGAACUUGCACCGUCCGGCUGGGACAGAGGGCGGGGAUCAAAAGAUGGGAAGCACUCGGGAUGAGGAGCAUGAGGAAGAGGAGGAGCGGACAGUCGCCGAUAGGGACGGAAACAUUUUCCACGUGGUACAACCGCAGGCUACGAGCAUUGGAGCCACGGCAGCGACGGAUAGGGAGAGGAGGGCGAGGAGGAGGAGGAUGUGCUCUUGGAAAAAUCUGCACCUGAUGGUCAACCUGGGGAUCGGUAUAGCCGUUCCCGUCCUAAUCAGAAUCGCAAGGGCGGACUGGAUCAAGGCUUCGAUCAACGGAAAGACCAACGUCCCGACCCUGAUAGGCGUCACCGUAGCUUGUGAGUUCUGCCUGAUGCCAACGAUGCUCGCGAUCAUCUACAACAAGUUCCUGUCGAGCCUGCCGGAGAGCCGGAACGACGACUACAUCCCAGGUUGGACUGCGAUGCUUAUGAUGGUAGAAUUGUACAGCCUAGGGCUGAUGCAUCUCGGAGCAGCAGCGGCGCUGUGCGAGCCGCUCAUUUCCUUCCCCAUCGGCGUCGAGGGAUACGACAUGAGCCUCCUCUACUUCCUCUGUGAGUCUUCCAUGCGCGAUAGGAGGAGGAGGAGGUUGGUGGUGGUGGUGGAGGAGGAGGAGGAGGAUCAGGAGGAUGAAGAGCCUUCAGGUGUUUUCGUGGGGCUGGUUGGGCUGGUUCAGUCGGCUGUGGCCAUGGGCAUCGUAGCAGGGAUAGACAUGUUCAAGGUACAUCCCACUCUUUCUUUAGCUUCUCUCCUCUCGUCCAAGUCUCUUUUCGUGAGCGUACACUGA